GAUGACGGAACAUGGGACAACCGAACCUCAAUCUCAUGAUCGUGAGCAAGCUAUCGAGGACGUGCGAGCUCGCAUCGAGCGCCUCGAAAAAGUCGUCGAGGAUGCCGUCGAGGCGAAGAGCACCGUCGCUGAUGUUCUCGAGCACCUUAAGGGUGCUGGAGCAACACAUAAGGAGGCUGAGGAUUUCGGGAAACAGUUCAUUCAGCUGUUCAAAGCCCGACAUGGUAGCGUCGAAGGUCCAGGAUCUCAACAGAUCAAGGGGGAACGUGAGGGUACCCCUGAGGGUCUCAAUGAGGACGAAGCUGCUGAGUUCCGACGGAAGCAUGAUUCCCUCCUCGGAGAGCAGCCCCAGGGCGAUGAAGAGGAAGCUGCCCAAUGCCGCCGCGCUGUCGACGCUGCUGAGUGGCAGCUUGUUUUGGCGAAACUUGCUACCGUGGCGGCGAGGCCCGAUUCUUCAGCUGGGAAAGGAUCCUUCUCGGAGCUCCUCAAAAUCUUUGACAGAUCCAGUGCAUCUACAUCUCGGUCAAUCCCCUCGACGGUUUUGGAUGGUGCUCCGCACCUACGGAACCUAUCAUCCAACGCUAUCAAGGACCCUCACCUGGACGAAACAUGGAGACUCCGACUCCUUUUCGCUGGAAAAGAGACCAUCGACAGCAUCGUCGACCAUCUUCAAGCCCAGCCUGUUGAUCAACCACUCCCUCGCUCCAUCUGGAGAUUGCUUGUACAGGACCAAUAUGUUGAUUUCGAGAAGUUGUUCGCCUUGAUGGAUCCAAACUACAAUCACAAUGAUGAUCCGAAGGAUUUUGGGGGUGGUUUCGCUCUUGUCAAGAAGGAGCUCGCAACCGCUAAAAAGACCCUUCGGACUGAAGCCGAUUGGAUUUG